AUGUUGGGCCGGAAGGAUCAGACGUCUGAUGAGACGGCUGAUGAAAAUGACAUUUCCCGGGGAAAUGAAGUGACUCAGAUCGAUCCAGAUCGCUCCAGAUCGAUCCAGAUCGCUCCAGAUCGAUCCAGAUCGCUCCAGAUCGAUCCAGAUCGAUCCAGAUCGAUCCAGAUCGAUCCAGAUCGAUCCAGAUCGAUCCAGAUCGAUCCAGACUCCAUGUGGAUCUGCACCCUCGAUCCCCUCCCAAAGAAAUGUUCGCUUCCAGACCCGAACCUGUUCAGCCUCGACAUCCUUUUCCUACGACCGGGGACUCGACUGACGGUGAUUCGACGGUGUGCCUGGGCGACUAGUGAAGAGAAGUCCAUGUUUUGCACUUACGAUGGAGAACUCGGUCGCUGCGAAGCGGAGGAGAAGUGCCUGAUGAGAAUCUCGAGCGCAGAAUUGUCUCCGAGACGCGAAGCCUGCUCCCACAUAAAGCAACGGGAGGCGAUAUGCUGUCCGAUGAGAGGAGGAUUUUCGUCCUCGGGCCGGAUCGUGGGAGGGGAAGAGGCGAAGCCUGGGGCAUAUCCCUGGAUGGCUGCUCUGCUCUAUAAGCCUUCCCCUCGAAGACCGAUAUGUGGGGGGUCCCUCGUCUCUCCCGUCCAUGUUCUCACUGCUGCGCAUUGUGCCGACUGGGUUCGCCAACAACCAAAUUCCUUCAAAGUUAGAAUCGGCGAGCAUGACUUUGACACGGCGUCGGAGACAGAGUAUAGGGAUUUCCCCAUUCGAAAAGUUUACGUCCAUCCUGAUUAUGUGGAGACAAAUUUACGAAAUGACCUGGCCAUCAUCGAACUGGAUGGUCCCGAAAUGAAUGCGUCUUGGACUGUCUGCCUUCCCGAAGUAAGUGAAGACUUCCGGGAUCGCAAGGCCGUCGUUAUAGGUUGGGGGGUGACGGAUCCAGAUGAGAAGGGCCAGCCUGCCAAUCUUCAACAAGUCAUUGUGGAUGUUUAUCCUCAAGAGGAGUGCCGACGUCUUUACCAGGGGAUAACGGAUUCUCACAUGUGUGCGGGGAAGCGGAAUGGGGGAAAGGAUUCGUGCCAGGCAUGGAAAUCCUGA